GCACACUCGCCCCGCACCAGGCUUGCUCGCGUUCCCCCGGCCCUGCUUCCCCGUUACCCCGCCCGGCCCACGUGCAGAGCAGCGGGCGGCGCCUCGCAGAGGCGGAAGUGGCGGAGCCGAGGCCGGGCAGCGGCGGUGGCUGGAGGGUGCUGAAGAUGGCAAACAGCUCUGCUCCUUGGAUUGGCUGUGCUUAUCUCUUCCUCCAGUCAACGUGCAAGACCAUCAUUCUGCCAUCUCUCUACGAAAGCUCCCAGAAGAAACCUAGUGUGUUCAAGGCACUGAAGCUGGCGUUAGCAGACUCCACCGGCAGCAUAAAUGGUGUGGACAUGCUCAAAGUGCAUUGCAGCCACCCGCACCUGAUAGUCCAGCUCAAGUUCUGCAAGCAGGAGAACUGCCGCCGGUUCCUGCAGAGCUACCGGGAAGGAGAGCUCCAGGAGUCCCUCCAGAAACACCUCCAGCUCUCCUUAGCCAUAAGUACAGUGCCUCUUGAAAUGGAGCUGAAGGCUGGCAGUGAGCACCUCGACAGCAUGCUGAAGGAUGAGAAUCACUGCCUGGAAUGUAUCUACAGAGAAAAGCCAGACCGUCUACGGGAUGAGGAGAUCACAGAGCUUGAGGAAUGCCUCGAGAGCCUGAUUGUUCACCAGAGCAUCAACAACAACACGGCUGUAAAAGAUUGCACAUCUCUCAACUCCCCAUCUCUACCUGGCCCUUCUCAAGGCAACCCCCUUUCCCCACAAGUCACCUUCACCUUUCAGGGACGAGAGUUUGACAACAGAACGCUCACACCAGACGACCACCAGAAGUUUGCCAAGCUUGUGUCAAAGAAAUGGAAGCAAGUGGGCCGCUCUUUGCAGAAGAACUGCCGGGCCCUGCGUGAUCCUGUCAUUGAUAACCUGGCUCUCGAGUAUGAUCGAGAGGGACUGUAUGAACAAGCCUACCAGCUGCUGCUCAGGUUUAGGGAGUCAGAGGGGCAGAAGGCCACGAUAGCACGGCUCAUCGCAGCCCUGGAAGAAAAUGGUCUCAUCAGCUUGGCUGAGGAGCUCCUGGGCCUCCAUUCCAGUGAGGACUGAUCUAGAGCCCAAAGGGUAGUGGCAUUGCUAAGAGCUUUCUUGCUUCAGCUAGUAUAAUGAAACUGCUGCUAAUGUCUGGGAAUGUAAACUCCUGAAGAUCACUGCAGGUUUCCAUGCAGAUGGGGAUGCCCAGGGGAGAGGUUCUGUGCUCACAGAAGCCAGCACAGACCUCUGACAUUCCUUAUUUUAUUCUGUUUCCAGAAGUCAGCGUUACUUACCCAUGAACUGGUGACUUCCUUCAGGGCUGAAAUGUUACAGGGAAGCAGCCAGACAGGUAGAGAGCAUAGGGGAUAGUGGGGGAGAGGGGAAAGCAGGGAAGGUAUCUCAAGAUGAUUUCUCUGGGAAGCAGACAGUGCCAGUGUUCCUCAGACUGUGUCUCACAGCCAUCACCUGGAGAGCUGCACUAUAUUUUUAAUGCUGAAGACAUUUAUGCCCUCAGAUGUGACAUCAAGCAAAGCCAAAGGGGAAAUUAAGGAAAAGUCAAUUUUACAUUGUUUUCCUUCUUUGUUCUUCAAACAAGCAACAUCUGUAGCAAGUGCCUUUGUCCUGCGCAGCUCUAGUACAGCUGCUUCCCACCUCUCACCACCUGAAAGUGUUCUUUUACCUGGGACAGUCAGAAUCUUCCACAGGGCACAAGAUUGCUGCUGUGGAACAAGUUUCAGGCACCGAACAAGCAAUAUGGACAAACACAAAUUCAGAGAAUGAUUCCCAACUUUUUCUGGACUGUGGUGAGCAAUAACAUACUGACUGCCUUGUGCUUAGCUCUUUCCCACCAGCCAGAGGGAGCCUGCAUCUGUGAAAAGCAAAACAGUGCUGGAAGGCAAGUAGUCUCCUAGUCAGCAAGUGACCUGUGGUGUGUAGAGUGGAACUGCUGCUCUAAGGUGUGUUGUGGCAUCACGUACCUUCCUGGCACCAGCUUACAGAGGUGAGCAAUCACCUCUGACCAGCUGGCUGCUAGUACCUUCCCUUACUUCUUAACCAACUGCCCAUGGCCUCUGGAGGUCACCGGAGAGGACAGUUCAUGCAGUUGUGUGUCCGAAGUGUUAGGGUCUGCACAGAGCCUUUCCAUGGCAGCGUUGUCACUGUGUGACAGUAGGGCAUCAGCUGCUGUGCCUGGAUUUACCUGAUUUUGGCUUAAGAGACAAAGCACCCAAACACCAGGGCUGACUCAUGCUUUCAGUUCCAGUGGGAGAAGCCAGCUGUCUCCUGGCAUGGUUGGGGGCCUACAAGAAAGGGGGAGGGCCUUUUUACAAGGGCAUGCAAUGACAGGACAAGGGGGAAUGGCUUUAACCUGACAAAGGGGAGAUUUUGAUUAGACAUUAAUAAGAAGUUCUUUCCUGUGAGAGUGGUGAGACACUGGCACAGGUUGCCCAGAGAAGCUGUGGCUGCCCCAUCUCUUGCACUGUUCAA